CCCCAAGAACUUUCCCUCCCACUUUUCUUUGCCCCAUCUACCCCGUCUCUUUAAUAUGAGACAGCAGAGUUAGAGAGAGAGAGAGAGAGAGAGAGUCCUUGGUAAGGCCAGUGAACGCCAUUGAGGCCAUCGUUAACUCAAUAAGCAACAAAAGACAGGCCAAAGCAGUCCCCCACUUAUAUCUACAACACUUGCGAUGCAUCCCCUAGCAGACAAGCAAAGCACCAAAAUUUCACCACUUUUCCCUUCAUAGCCUCAUCUGUGAAGCUUCCAUUAGUUUCCCCCACACCACUUUCUCCUCUCCCUCCUUUGCUCUGCUCUCUGUCUCUUCCUUCCACCUCACCAAGGUCCACAGAGAUUCUGCCCCCAAAGGCUCCUCCUUUCCUCCUCCCCUCGGAAUUCUGCAACCAAGUCUGUCUGAGCUAUCUGGUAUGGCUCGUCUGGGGGCACCAGUUGCGAGGAAAUGAAGGGAAUUUACAAAGCUUCCUGAGUAGCUGCAUUUGGUGACUGGAAGGCUCUUUGCUCUGGUUCUUGAGAAAAAUUAUCUGCCUUCUUGCUGCAAUGGCCACAAAGAUGAAGGGAAUUUACAAAAGCUUCAAGUACCUCUCUCAAAUCUUCGUGGUGAAGGAGAGGGAGAUGGAGAUUGGGUACCCGACAGAUGUCAAGCACGUUGCUCAUAUCGGGUGGGAUGGCCCUUCUGGAAGUGCCCCCAGUUGGAUGAAUGAAUUCAAGUCAGCACCUGAUUUCUCGACCUCGCUAGCCACCAUCGGUGACCACGGGGAUUCUAACUCAGUGCCCCCUUCGACAUGGUCGUCCCAGGAUUUCGAGCAACUAAUGGGACAACAACCCACGUUGGAGGCUUUCAAAGACCAACUGCCUCCCGACCUCCCUAGCAUUCCCAAGAAACAGAGACGGAAGAAGAGCAAGUCAUCCUCAUCCCCCAAGUCCUCAUCCUCAUCAAAAACAUCCCGAGCGUCAAAAUCAAAGUCUGCAUACUUAGAAAUGGAGAGAACUCCGAACCUACAACUAUAGACCGGCUCCCCCUGGCUAUAUGAACACUCGGAAUCAGUAAGAGAACGGACCAAGAAGGCUACCACUUGUUCAUAGAAAAAGAUUGUGGUUCCAUGAUUCGGCCCUGGAGGAGGAAAACUUAGAACCAAACAUCGAUGGAACUUUUGUAAAUUUGAAUUGGCCGUGUUUUACCAGGGCAUGUUCGGGCAAGGAUGUGUUGAAGACAGAUGAUGACUGUCUGUGUUCCCGGACGAAGAUGAUCUUCUUUUUCCCUGUGUUCUUUUUCUUCCUUAAGAAGUUGCAAAAAUUUAAUUUAAUCUUUUUUUUCCCUUUUUCGGCUAGGCAGUUGUUGAGGUAUGGAUUCUUUUAUGCUCUGAUGGUUGAAGUUAUGCUAACUGGAAAGUCCUCUGGGUUUGAAACUUGGAAGGUCAGUUCCUUGGAAACGAGAGUUUGUUUUCCAGUUAUAGUUUGAUUGUGUACGUCGUUUUCCCAUCUCUCUUGGAACUGGAAAAUUAAGUUUCCGAUGAAAAUACGAAAUAUGAAAAAGCAAAUUAUGCUUUGC